CCCCAAACAAAUCAUUCGAGGAAAAAAGACCGUGAAUUGAUAAGAAAAAAGAAUCACCUAUAUCUGUUCCGUCUCUUUCCUGGCUAAGUUCAGUCGCCGUUCGUCAUGCGCCGCGUUAUCGCCCUGGUCACAGUUAUCGCUCUCGGCUUGGCUGGAGUGUCCGGGGGCGCCAUCAGUCCCCGGCGCCGCGUGACCGACACACUCAUCCUGGACAACGGCGUGGACGCGGGAGACUGGGGCCUCGUUGAGUACUGUGAGGACGGAAGCUUCGCCACGGCCUUCGAGGUCAAGUUCGAGCCGUACAGCCUGAUCGACACAGACGAAACAGCCGUCAACGCCGUCCGCCUCUACUGCAGCACGCUCGAACACAUCACCACGGGCUACAUCUAUUCAGUCGAAGGGAAACACGGGGAAUGGCAAAACAUCAGGUCCUGCAGCUCUGGCUUCGUGACGGGCAUGCGGGCCAACGUCCUUGAGCCGCAGGGAACUUUCGGCGACGACGUGGCGGUGAAGAACGUGCAACUUGCAUGCGAUGAAGGGAAGGAGGUCAUCACUGGGGUCAUCGAGGAGAAGAUUCCCGACGGAGAAUGGAGUUUAUGGACCCGAUGCAGUUCCGGAUCUGGAGUCUGUGGUAUUGAGAUUCGCUACGAGAACGCUGGCCUUGGCGACGACACAGGAGUGACAAACCUCGCGAUGUUCUGCUGUGCCUUCAACGGGACGAGGACACACUGAAGCUCUUUUGGAUAGAGGAUUUUGUAACUUACUUAAAGCAGUUUCAUCGGAGCAUUACUCGGCGUGUGUGCUUACUUCUCUGUUCCUUAGUCUCUCUGGAAAUACAUUCCUGAAAUUCA